GAAAGAACAUCCCCGAUUUCCAUCACCUGGCAACCCGAGUUUCUUUGUGCCUGCGAGGGAGAUGAAAAUGCAAAGCGGGAACCCAAAAGCGAAAAACAAAAAACAAAAACCCGAAAAAAGCCAAAAGUUAUAUGAAAAUUGAAACGACAGAUUAUUAUAUUAAUAUUAUUCCCAUAUAUUCGGCAAUGGCGCCUCUUCAGUUCACUCCCUGAGAGAGAGAGAGUGAAGCUAUAAUUACUCAUUUCUUUCCCAUAACACCAAAACAAAACCCCCCUUCUGUUCUUCACCUCCGCACUCUCUCUCUUUCCUCGUCAUCUUGACCAUUUUCAAACCCUAGAAACUUCUAAUCCAAUCGAAGCAGCAACAACAGCAAUAACACCUCUUGUAGACAUUUAGAUGGUUGUGCAGUCUCUGGACGACGUUGUUCACCAGCAAUUGAUGGUUUCAGCCACGGCGGAGAAGAGUUCGGAAUCCAAAAUCGCCGUGACGGCAAAUGGCGGGAACGGUGCUAAGUCCGCCGAGAAGAAACUGAGAGAAUUAUCGGAGGAGGGUUCGACAAUGCCGCCGCGGAGGUCGAGUGCGAGGAUUCAAGCGUUGCAGAAAGCGGAGGAGGAACUUCUUGCUCGUAAAAGAGCAGAGGGAGUUGAGGAAAAAGACAAUUGCAACGAUGAGGUGAAGGCUGGGAAGGCGAAGAAGCGCAAUAGGAAAAGUAGUAGUGACGGUGAGGAGAGUGUAGUAGUGGAAGUAGAGGUUGUUUCGCCGCCGAUGAAAAAACGGGUGGCCUACCGCAAGGGUAAGGUGGUGGACGGAGUGAAUGGAAAUGUUAAGGUAGGAGAAGUGAAUGGGAAGGAGGGAUUGGAAAAUGCGGGUGGGGGUUUGGGUGAGAAGAGUGACUUGCUUAAGGUCAAAGAGACGAUAAGACUGUUUAAUAAGUAUUACCUUCAUUUAGUUCAGGAAGAAGAAAAGAGGUGUGGGAAGGCAGAGGCUGAGCGGAAAGCUGCUAAAAAGGCUUCAAAAUCGAAGAAAGGUGCUCCACCUGAAGAAUCAAAGACCACUGCUAAACGACCAGAUCUAAAGGCUGUAAGCAAGAUGAUGGAAAAUAAUGAGAUAUUGUACCCUGAGAAAAGAAUUGGCAACAUUCCAGGUAUUGAUGUUGGAUAUCAGUUCUAUUCUCGUGCUGAAAUGGUUGCAGUUGGUUUUCAUAGCCACUGGUUAAAUGGCAUUGAUUAUAUGGGCCAGAGCUAUGCCAAAGCGUACAGCUAUGAACUUCCAGUUGCUGUUGCCAUUGUUAUUUCGGGCAUGUAUGAGGAUGAUCUGGAUAAUGCUGAGGAUGUUGUGUACACUGGUCAAGGUGGGCAUAAUCUGACUGGUGAUAAGCGUCAAUUUCGGGAUCAAAAGUUGGAGCGUGGUAACUUGGCUCUGAAGAAUUGUUCUGAGCAAUGUGUGCCUGUUAGAGUCAUUCGUGGUCAUGAAUCUUCAAGCAGUUACACUGGUAAAGUAUACACAUACGAUGGCUUGUACAAGGUUGUCAAUUAUUGGGCAGGGAAGGGAAUAUCCGGAUUUACAGUCUACAAGUUUAGACUUAGGAGGCUUGAAGGGCAACCUACAUUAACUACAAAUCAGGUAUAUUUUACAUAUGGACGUGUACCUCAAUCUCUAACAGAAAUACAAGGGUUGGUUUGUGAAGAUAUCACUGGAGGUCAAGAAGAUAUGCCCAUUCCGGCUACAAAUUUGGUUGAUGACCCCCCUGUUCCACCCACAGAUUUCACAUAUUGUAAGUCACUCAAGGUUGCAAAAAAUGUGAAGCUUCCCAUGAAUGCCACCGGAUGCAAAUGUGAAGGCAUUUGUAAUGACCCAACAACCUGUGCAUGUGCAUUGCGUAAUGGCUCUGAUUUUCCCUAUGUAUCUCGGGAUGGUGGCAGGUUAAUUGAAGCUAAAGAUGUAGUAUUUGAAUGUGGUCCCAAAUGUGGUUGUGGUCCUGGUUGUGUGAACCGAACGUCUCAAAGAGGACUUAGAUAUCGUCUGGAGGUUUUCCGUACUGCCAAAAAAGGAUGGGCUGUUAGAUCCUGGGAUUUUAUACCUUCUGGAGCACCAGUUUGUGAGUACACCGGAAUACUUGCUAGGGCCGAGGAUAUGGAUAGCGUUCUAGAAAACAAUUAUAUUUUUGAGAUAGAUUGCUUGCAAACUAUAAAGGGGCUCGGGGGAAGAGAGCGACGAUCACAAGAUGGAGAUAUUCCUGCAAAUCUUUUGGACAAAUAUCAUGAUCAAUGUUCUGAAAGUGUGCCAGAGUUUUGUAUUGAUGCAGGAUCUACUGGAAAUAUUGCUAGGUUUAUAAACCAUUGUUGUGAGCCUAAUCUGUUUGUUCAAUGUGUUUUGAGCACACACGAUGAUUUGAGAUUGGCUCGUAUAAUGUUGUUUGCUGCAGACAACAUACCCCCUUUGCAGGAAUUAACAUAUGACUAUGGUUACGUGCUUGAUAGCGUGUUGGACUCGGAUGGGAAGAUUAAGCAAAUGCCAUGCUACUGUGGAGCCUCAGUCUGCAGGAAGCGAUUAUUCUAAUACUCUGGAAGUUGUAUGUGGUAUUUUUGCAAUUGCAAAACUAGUGCGGUUAAGUAUUGGUUGUUUAAAACAUGAGCUGCAAAGUGGUCUCUAUUCAUUCACGGUUAAUUUGCGCAGUUUAUGUAUUGGGCUGAAAUGGCAGCAGAGGAACAUUGUAACUUUUUGUGCAGAUGCAAGGAAAUGAUAUAGGUUUAUUUUUUGGCUAGAAAUAACCUGCUCUAUUAAGUACUGCAAGUUUAUGAUUUUGGGGUAAUAACCUGUUACAUAUAUGGUAUUUUUUUUUUAAAGAUAUAAGGAGUCGUUCAAAGCAUGUAUAUGUAUAGAGAUAUGGUAACAACUAUUAAUUGGCUAUGGAGUAGACACCAGAAAUACUGAA